UUUCAUUUAGUUCCAUGAAAAAUUUACAAUUGUGUAGACAUUUUGUCUUGCCUCAGAAAAAUAAAAUGCGCUAAAGCAUAGAUAAUACGGAAUUGAUCAUUUUUGGUAUUCGAAACACAUAGAAGGAGAUCCGCACAAGCCUUCUCAACAAAAUAUUUGAAAAACUAGACUUUUAUUAAGCACGUAGCCAAGAUGUUUGUGGAUGACGAGGGCAUACUCUUCAAUCCGUUCAGCGUGGGGCCGCCCGAGAGCCAGGGCCAGCGCUAUGAGUAUAAGAUGCCCAGGAGCACCACAUAUCCGGAGCCAGUGUAUGCGACCUGGCCGCCACCGAAGCAGCAUACCAACAGAUCUGUCUCGCAGGACUCGCUCGUUAGGCCAGGCGAUGUUAAGGCAGCCAAAUCGCAGAGGGGCGAAGUCUCCAUAUCGAAGGCCAUCAAUGAGGAGAUGGCGGCGGCCAAACAUUUCGCUACUGACGACGGACGCAUUAACGCCGGCCGCCAGUCCAGGCCGGACCUGUCAGAGAAGGGGCGUGGCGGCAACUCGAUGACCGUUAUAAUGCCCGUCCGCAAAGGCGAUGCGGCCUCGCGAGUCAGCAGCGUGUCCGUGCUCGCUGUCGAGCCAUCAGUAGCCCCAUCGAGGAAGAGUAGAGCCAAGUCGCGGCCUGGCCAGCAUGAGGAUAAUGAGAGCGUGUCCUCGCACGACCGCAAACGCACCGAAUCGAACAUCACACUGACGGCCAAGCCCAAUUUUAAUACAUCGAGGCGAAGCAACGGGGCAGACAAUGCCUCUCAAGGAUACCAUCGAUCGGGUGCCGGGGGCCAGCAUCAGGACGACAGAUCCGUUCAAAGCAGCUUUAGAGCUGAGAGUGACUCCUUCGCCUCGGGCAGGUCAAGGGCGGACAACAUCUCUCGUGUUUCGACGAGAUCUCGAGCCAGUGAACAUCAAGCAGAUAAUAUAUCGCGUGCUUCGGUGAGGUCCAAGGCGGCUGAUCGGGAUGGAGAUAUUAUAUCACGUGUUUCCGUGAGACGCGCCAAGAACUACGAUGAGGAUAAUAUAUCGCGCGUGUCAGCCAAGUCAAGAGCUAAUGCAGAUAACAUAUCUCAUACUUCCGUUAGGUCCAAGGCGCCUGAUCGUGAUGCAGAUAAUAUAUCGCGUGCUUCGGUUAGAUCC